CCAGCCUCCACUCUGGUUUGCCAGGCUUAUCGCCUGCCAAAGCCUGUUACCUCAGGAAUUCCGUGGAAGCACUGGGGGACCUAAACGCCUGUGACAAAUAUUUCUCCGUCCGCAUUUGGCCUUAGCUGAGGAAAAAAGAAUGGCGAUGACGUACGAGUGUGUUCCCAGUAAAGCCACAGUCUCUUUAUAUCCAGCCCCUGCAGGGCACGACCAUGUGCAUUGACGAGCCAAGCUUCAUCAGCUGUGGAGUCACAACCCAGCACGCAGCGUUAGGAUUUGAAUGCGACGUUCUCCCAGUCUAGCUCUGGAUGUGCCAUCAGGUGGGUUCCCAUCGCGACCGCCUCUCGUGCUUGCCAUCCCUCGUGCGCCUGUGAAUGGACUGUCCGCCGACUCGCCUCGUGCUGCCCGACGGUCGUCCCCUCGACCUGCACCUCACGUACGCCAUCACGGUGGACGAGGCCCUUCACCGCGCGCUGCCCUUCGCCAUCUCCUCCUCUCUCGCGUGCUCCGCCCUCCACCCCUCUUGCCACAUCUCCUUGCGUUCCACCGACCGCGGCCUGCUGCGCGGCAGAUGGCGCGACCUUCCGCUCUCGCGGCAGCUGCAGCUGGGGCGCACGUACCUGGUGGUGGUGGAGCGCGGUCCGCGUGGGGGGAAGCACAGCCUGCGGUACGACGGCCGCGGCAUGGCGGAGCUGGUGUCGGCGGCCACGGCGGUGGAGCAUGCGGCAGGCGACCACGUGGAUGCGACGGACGAGCGGCACGGCUCGUCACACCUCUCGGAGUCGCUGCUCUCAGCACUACUGAAUGGCGCGCGACUUUCGGACGUGGAGGCCAGCAGUGAAGCCACGUGGCGGCACCAAAUUCACUGCCACCUCCCCUCGCCCCUCUCCCCCGGCGCGUCCCUGGACGCUCAAGGGCUUCUUGACUCCGGACAGCCCUCCACGCCCGACGGGCGCGCUCGGCGCGCAGUGGAGCUGACCAAUGAGAUGGCGGUGCGCCUCGUGGCUGCGGCGCGGAGAAUGGUGGAAGCGGGGCAGUGGGACGCACUCCUCGGCGGUCGCGACGCGGCAGUCGUGGAACCACAGGCGCACGGCGCAGCGCGUGGGGCGGAGAAGGGCGAACAAGGAGAGGAGGGCUGCAGGGGUGGCACAGAGGGGCCAACGCUGGAAGAGUUGGUGAGGUGGGUGGAACGGGAGGAGUUACUAGCGGUGAUGACUGGUGACGCAGAGAGGGAAGAGGAGACACGCAGAGAGGAGGGCGGCGACGAGCACGGAGGUGAGGGGGAAGCGGAGGCCGAGGGGCAAGGCGGCACGGUUACUGUAGCUCGCUGCGAGGUAGGCGCGCAUGGCGCGCUACGUGUGAUGGCCAGCAAGCCAAGGGACCGGCUGGCAGCAGCAGCUGCGCGUGGGAGCACGGUACAGGACGGAGGCUCUUCCGGAGAACCGCCCGGAGGUAGAGGACACCGGCGCGAGAGGCAGGAGAUCGCUGGCGGGGAGGACGAGGAACGUGCAAGCGAGGCCGAGGAGCAACAAGCGGACGACGAGGGGAGCUGCGGAAUAGCGAGAGAUGCGCCGGAGGGCAGGGCGGAGGAUGCACGGGACGGCGUUGAGAGCGACAGCGAGAUGGAUGCGUUCUCGCUCAGCGUCGGCCCCGACGACGACGCGCCGGCGGUGGCGCCCCAUGCGGCGCAGUGGAAGGACGAGAGCCAGGCGUUGUGGGUGGGGCUGGGGGAGAUGAUUGCGCGAGGGGAGGCACGAGAGAGCGACGACGUGAGCACUAGCGAGGGAAUGGUGAGCGGGGGGGUGGAGCUUACUGGAAAGCCGGUGAGUGACGCAACGAAUGGGGAGGAACAGGACGACGGAGAGGUGGGGGGGGAUGACCAGUGCGCGAAGGAUGCGGAGGGUGCGGAGGGUGCGGAGGGUGCGGAUGGCGUAGAGAGUGCGGAGAGCGCAGAGGGUGCGGAGAGCGCAGAGGGCGCGGAGAGCGCGGGGGGCGCGGAGAGCGCAGGGGGCGUGGAGAGCGCCGAGGGUGCGGAGAGCGCCGAGGGUGCGGAGAGCGCCGAGGGUGCGGAGAGCGCCGAGGGUGCGGAGAGCGCCGAGGGUGCGGAGAGCGCCGAGGGUGCGGAGAGCGCCGAGGGUGCGGAGAGCGCCGAGGGUGCGGAGAGCGCCGAGGGUGCGGAGAGCGCCGAGGGUGCGGAGAGCGCCGAGGGUGCGGAGAGCGCCGAGGGUGCGGAGAGCGCCGAGGGUGCGGAGAGCGCCGAGGGUGCGGAGAGCGCCGAGGGUGCGGAGAGCGCCGAGGCUGCCGAGAGUGCAGAGUGUGCGGAGAGCGCAGAGGGUGUGGAGGGCGCAGAGGGUGCGGAGAGCGGAGAGGGUGUGGAGAGCGCAAAGGGUGCGGAGGGCGCAGAGGGUGCGGAGAGCGGAGAGGGUGUGGAGAGCGCAGAGGGUGCGGAUGGCGCAGAGGGUGCAGAAAGCGCAGAGGGUGCGGAGAGCGAAGAGGGUGCGGAUGGCGUAGAGGGUACGGAUGGCGUCGAGGGUGCGGAGAGCGCAGAGGGUGCGGAGAGCUCAGAGGGUGUGGAUGGCGCAGAGGGUGCGGAGAGCGCAGAGGGUGUGGAGGGCGCAGAGGGUGCGGAGAGCGGAGAGGGUGUGGAGAGCGCAAAGGGUGCGGAGGGCGCAGAGGGUGCGGAGAGCGGAGAGGGUGUGGAGAGCGCAGAGGGUGCGGAUGGCGCAGAGGGUGCAGAGAGCGCAGAGGGUGCGGAGAGCGCAGAGGGUGCGGAGAGCGCAGAGGUUGCGGAUGGCGCAGAGGGUGCGGAUGGCGCAGAGGGUGCGGAUGGCGCAGAGGGUGCGGAUGGCGCAGAGGGUGCGGAGAGCGCAGAGUGUGCGGAUGGCACAGUGGUUGCGGAUGGCGCAGAGGGUGCGGAUGGCGCUCAAGGCGCAGAGGGCGCAGCGGACGAGGCGUUGCAAGGCGAGGAUGCGAACCCACGUUGUGAAUUGCUGCCGGGGGUGGAGGGGUGUGUCGACAUCGAGGGGUGUGUCGACAUCGAGGGGUGUGUCGACAUCGAGGGGUGUGUCGACAUCGAGGGGUGUGUCGACGUGGACGGGUGUGUCGACGUGGACGGGUGUGUCGACGUGGACGGGUGUGUCGACGUGGACGGGUGUGUCGACGUGGACGGGUGUGUCGACGUGGACGGAUGUGCCGACGUGGACGGGUAUGUCGACGUGGAGGAAGCAACGGAGGAGCCGUGCAAGGGAGGAGAGGGCGAAGGAGAAGAGAUGGCGCUGGAAAACGCGGGGAACAGCGCUGGCGUGCGGGGCAUGCAGGGCGGUGGGUGCGCGGAAUCCAGCAAUGGGUGGGAGAAGGGGGCGGAGGAAAGGGGAGGGCGGGCGACGGAAACGGUGAGGGCAGUGGCGGGCGGUGGGGCGGAGAGGCGGGAGGUCGCUGGCGCGGGGAACAAAGAUCCUGCAGGCGACGCUGAGGGGCAACAGGCGGGCGAUGAGGGGAGGUGCGGGGAUACGACAGAUGCGGGAGAAACAAGGGCGAGGGAUGCAACAGACGGCGCGGAGGAGAGCGAGGAGGGAGCGUGUUCCCAUGCGGCCACAGCGCGUGCCACCCAUGGCACCCCUCCUGCACCCGCGCCCUGCCACUCUUACCACGCGCCUCGCGACCCUGCCUCUCCUCCACCCGCUCCAGAACUUGCUGCUCCUCCCGCCCCCAGCGGUGGCAGCAAGCGCGUGGCAUCAGCUGCAGCGAGUGCGGCGGCUGCAGCAAUGAAGGCCGCCGCUGUGGCAACUGCUGCCGCUGCCGCUGCCAAGUGUGCUGCCGCCCGCCAGUCCCGCGUCUCAGAUGCCCUGGCGUGGGACAGCAGGGGCGGAGAGGGCGGGGCGGUGAAGGCAAAAGCUCAAGGCGGUGGGGAGAGGAGGGCGAGGGAGGGAACUAAGGAGGGUGAGGUGACGCGUGGCACCAAGGAGAGCAGCACGCCGGGAAGCAUGGUGGGAGGGGGCGAGUGUGGAGGAGAGGGGGUGAGGGGAGAGAGUGGUGGAGGGAAGUGCAAUGGCAGAGCGAGUAAGGUUUUGGGGGUGAGUGGGAGGUGGGACGCAGCUGGCAGUGGUGGGCGCGUGGAAGUGCAGGGUGAGCGCAGUGGGGUGACAGGCGGUGGGGGGUUUGUGCACGUGGGUGGCGCUCGCAUGGAUGCAGGGGAGUGGCUGAUGAGGGAGGCUGCUAAGCACGGCACGGAGAUGCUCGUUGCUGUCGCCGCUGCUGCUGCCUCCGCUGAAUGCCGCGACAAUGCUGCCAUGCGUGGCCACAGGCGACUCUCACAGCAAGCAGAGCACGCGGGGAAUGACCAGCACUGCCCUGCUCAGCGGCAGCAGCAGGCAGUGCAAUGCGUGCAGCAGCAGGCGCCAUGGCAGCCAGAGCAGGUGCAAGGGGGUGCGACGCAGCACAGCCACCAUCACAGUCCCAGCCACCAGCUCCUCCCACCAAAGCAGCAGCCGCAGCAGCCGCAACAGCAGGUGGUGGAGGAUGCCCAUUGCAGUAGUGGCACCGGCAGUGGCAGCGGUGGUGAGAGGGUGUGGCGGCCAGAGGAUGGGUUGGGUUGUCUGGGCCCCGAGUCCUUCCAGGCGUUGCUACCCGACUUUGGCUGGCAGCCGCUUGCGUGGGUGGGCAGGCCCGACGAGCAGGGGCGCGCGGCGGCCGUGGGGGGGGGCGAGGCAGUGGAGGAGGCGAAGCGGUGGGCGGCGUAUGAGGCGCAGUACCGACAGAGGCGCAGCGGGCACGUGGAGGGGCGACUGGGAGCACGCUGCAUGGGUGAUGGUGGGAGGGGAGACAGGGAGCAGCCGGACAAGGUGACAGGGAUACAGCACGCACGGGCACAAGGGGCUGAUGGGGGUGUGGGCAGUGAGGCAGCGGAUGAGCGGGAUGGGGAGGGGUCGGAAGGGUGGGAGGAGGGGUGUGAGGAGGACAUGGAGAUGGCGUUCCUCUUCCGGCAGCUGCGCUUCUACCACAUGGGCUCCUCGCACCAACCCCAACCGCCCGCCACGCCUGCACCCGCAGCACCUGAGGAGCAGCUACUGCAAGACAGUGACAGCAGCGAGGGCAGGGGAGAGGAGCAGAGCAGCGGCAGCAGUGUGGGCAGUGAGGGCGCGUGGCGGCCGGAGCUGCCUCUGAUACUGGAGGUGCCGGAGCUGGAGGCCCUGUGCACGUCACACGACACUUCGGAGAGCGAGGCGGGAUGGUGCGAUCGGGUCACCGCCUCGUCGUCCUCUGGUGACUCGUCACCACCUCACCAUGCCUACGCUGCUGCACUGGGAGCAGCGGGUGAGGUGUCGUCAGCAUUGAAGGGCGGUCGUGGGUUGGUGCUGCCCAGCAUCAACCGCAUGGCGUCCAGCCUGGUGUGGCGCCCAUGGAUCUGGCACAGCGCCUAGGUCAGACCACCCCCAGUUGGAUCACGAGCUGAUCACUACAAAAUGGUAGUACAUUCUUAGAAACUGAAUGAAUGAUUAGAGAGAGAGAGUACAGGAAUAUAUCUAAGUGUUGUACUCUCUAAGAGAUGACCCUAUACAGUAUAUGCAGAGUA